CACAACAACUCACCCCCACCCUACCACCCACUACGCCCACCCUUAUCCUACAACCACCCACCCCUCCACCACCACCCAAUCCCACCCCAACCCUCAUACCACAACCACCCACCUCACACCAUCCACCCCUCCACCCCCUCCCCCCCCCCCCCCCACUACCUACUUAUUUUUUAAAUUCCUAUUUUAUUCUUUACCUGAAUUUUAUUAAUAUAUAUAAACUAAUUUCUAUUUAAGAGUUAAGGGUAUUUUAGUAAACUUACAAGUUAUUAUACAGUACCAUACAGUCAAACCAAACAAUAUAAAUGUUAUUAAAUCACAACAAACGAUACAGUCUAUCCAAACAUGGUGUUCAUUAAUACAGUACAGUACAAUACAAUACAACAUCAUACUGUACCAUACCAUACUGUACAUUAAUGAACCACGGGAAACAACCAUCCAAACAGAGGGUUAGUCAAAGAGUAGGAUGAGAAAUGGUCCUCAAUAUGGAACUAACUUUGAAUCUGCUAGCUUUAGACGAAACAAUACCCAAUUCGGAGACCGCGAACCAACAGAAAACUAGACCUUGAACCCGCAACUAACCAAACAACAGUCUAUUGCUUCUUUUUUUUUUCUUUUUCAAAUCUGAAACAUCGAACAAAAUAAAACAGGGGAAGUGGGUGUUUGGGGGUUAGUUUCGAGUUUUGAAAAAACCGGGAUGGUGACGGGGUUUUAGGGUGGAAAUUAGUGGCGGUCUUAAGGUGUUUUAAUGGUGAUUUCAUGCGAAAAUGGAUUUUUUAGGUGAACCAAAAUGAAGAAGAAGAUGAGUGAUUUUUUUGUUUUGUUUUGGGGUCUCUGUCCGUGUCUAUUUUUCUAUCUCUCUAUCAUGUAUAUAUCAUGAAGAUUCCCAAACGAAAAAAUGGUGAAGAGGGUGUAUAGGUAUGUUGGUGGUUUAAUGGUGAGUAAAAAAAAAAAAAAAAGAUGAUGAUGAUCUGUCCGUCUCUUUCUCUAUGGUUUGUGUGUGACUAACUGGUGGUGGAGAUGAGUGGUUACCAGAAAUGGUACCGAUGCCAAUGAAAGAGCGACGUGAUUGUACCCCUAUCGCAUAUUGUGAUUUUUCUCCCGAAAAUUCUAAUCUCCUAAUAGGUACACAUACAUGCAAGGAGUUCGAAGUUUCAAUGAACAACCAAAUGAGAUAAAGAUGGAGUUUUACUCAAGGAUAAUUUGAAGAAGGUGAAGUUUAUAGUAACUUUGAUCUUUAUCAGUCUAAGGCUGCAAAUUGGAGGGAUACACUAGCUUGUGUCAUGGCUCAUAAUCCUCCUAGUAGUGAUGAAUUACCAGAAGCAUGCAGAAGCCUAAUGUGCAAGUUCCUCGUCGCCAACGUCCUAAUGUACCAAGACCUGCGGCUCAUGGUAGAGGACGCCAAGCAGAUACCAGAUGGGGUCGAGGCCUUGUGGAUCACCAGUUGGUUGAUGAGGAUGAGGUUCGUUUUGAUCAAGAUAUGCCUAGCUCAUUGAUGCCUGCAGCUGAUGAUGCAUAUUACCCAAUAAUAGAUUUUGGUAUGUCCAGCUCAUCGACGUCUGCUCCCGAGGUCCAAACACCGAUCGUAAUCACACGUGAGGGGCCUUUUCAGGCAUUUGCAUCGUUUAAGCCUAUUAGCCUCGCAGGUAUGGCCCAAUGCUAUGGUAUUCAGACAGGCACCUCUUAUGGAGUGACAGAUGAUUUUCCUGCAUUCACUGAACAUAGCUCUUCAAUUGGAAGGAGAUUGACCUUUACCGACAUGAUCUCCCAUGGCAUUUGAUGUUGGAUCCUCACACAUUCCUAUGCCGGAUGUACAGACCUUAGAGCCACAGGAUGAGGUAGUGAUAUAAGAGAAGGUUCACCAACGCAUAUCAAAACGAGAGCGCCGGCAAACUACGUGUGGCACGAGGGGGAAAAAGGGACAAUGUAAAAUUUGAAUUUUAUUAGUUAUUGAAUUUAUCUCAAAUCUCAAUUCUUAUGUAAUCU